AACCCAGACCUCCCAUCCUCCUCCCCCCAUCCCUCUCCUCCUGUUGUCCUAUCCUCUCACUUCCUCCAUUUCUCUAUCGACAUUCGCUCUUGUAUUCUCGUGCGCAUCUCAUUCCAUAUCCUCCAACGAGCCCGAGACUGGGGAUCCGACAGAUCGAUCUUCAUUUCCAGCAUAGCAUGACCCAGCUGUCUGCAGAUCUUUACAAAGACGCAAACAAAGAAAAUCGUUACCUCGAACGACCGAAAGACAUCGUCUCCUGGCUUGACAGAUCGAUCAAGGACGUAGCGUCUUGCUGCAUCGACCGAGGGAUCAGGAGGAGGCCGGUACUGGCCAAGCAUGCAAAGUUCACUCUAGCGACCUGGGAGGCAAGCACAGCAGACAAGAGCGAACACAAGGGGAAGGAAGAAAGAAUGUUUGCGGAGCGAAGGACGAACUCAUGCAAGCUGCCCUCGAGCAAGAGACCUGUGCGACCCAACCACAGGCACUCCAUCGGGACCAUUGAUGGAUGCAAGAAGUAUGUAAUGCACCGACCAGGACCCUUCCUAGAGGCCUCAGGGCAGUGCGACAGCAUCUGUGCGAUCGAUGAACAUGGGAACUUUCAAGUGGACGGGUGCUUGAAGCUCCUGAUCUUCCAGAAUCGCUCGCCUUUUAGAAAAGCCAUCGACAGCGAUGGUAACUUCGUUUCGAACAUCAUUCAAUGAUAAAAAAUGUCAAUAAAGCAAGGUAGUCAUGUGU